AUGCUUACCGAAAAGCCAUUUCAUCAUAAGGCAGGCUCACUAAAACAAUCCAAUAAGCCAUUUAAGUCUAAACAUGCAACAAAAGGAGCCAUUAAAGACAAAAUAAAAGGCAAAUUCUUUAAGAAAAAAUGUAAAGUCAACAGGAAAUCUAUAAAGCAUUCGGGUGCAAAUACGCGUUCAAUUUCAAGAGUUGAUAGACGCAAUGCGGCGAAAUUGGAACAACAAAAGAAGAGAGAAGAGGUGCUGAAGACGAACAGAUUUUUUGAAGGAAGGCAUGGAACACCUAAAAUUGUGGCCGUGAUACCAUUAUGUCCCGAUGUAGAUUCUUAUAAUGCUAUAAAGUCUAUUUAUAGUAGUAUUGAUUUACAAGAACCGUCUAUUUUUAAAGGCAUUGCUCAUAUGAAUGCUGAAAGGUUUAAACAUACAAUUCAAUUCAUCCUUCUUGAAAGGAACUUUAUUGACAUUUUGGAUGCUUGUAAAAUCGCGGAUUAUGUAUUAUUUGUUGUAUCGGCUGAAGUAGAAGUUGAUCCAUUUGGUGAAUCAUGUUUAAAGGCUAUACAAUCUCAAGGAUUACCCACUGUUAUAACUACUACUAUGCACAUGGAAAAAAUUUCACAAAAGAAGCGUAACGAUGUUAAGAAAUCUUUACUUAGUUAUAUGAAACAUUUCUUCCCUGAUGAAGAAAAGAUUCAUUCUGCAGAUCAAAUCCAGGAUGCACUUAAUGUAUUAAGGACAAUUUGCACUCAACGUCCUAAACAAAUUUUAUGGAGAGACAUUCGUCCAUAUAUGUUGACUGAAGAGUUGAUUUAUGAGCCAAAUAAUGAUAAUUUCGGGACUCUUAAGGUUACGGGAUAUUCUAGAGGUGUACCAUUUUCAGCCAAUCGUUUAGUGCAUUUGCAAAACUUUGGUGAUUUUCAAUUGGAACAGAUCACUGUUUCUAGGAAAAUUGCCGAUGAUAAAGAUUCGGAAGAGAAUUUUCAAAUUUUGCAUAUGGCUGAUCCUAAAUUACAGGAUUCGCUUAUAUCAGAGAAUGAGCCAACUUUUAUGGAAAAUGAGCAAACAUGGCCAACUGAAGAAGAAAUGGCCGGAAUGGAAGUACAUUCAGAAUCAAUGCGACCAGAUGAUAUGCCGGAUGCGCUUCCUGGCACUACACCAAAAAAAAUUAUGAAACAAGUCGGCAAUGAGAGUGAGGGAGAAUAUGAGGAAAUUGAGAUUGAGACAAAAACAACCAGUUUGAAUGAUCCUAUGUUGGGCCCAGAGGAAGAAGCUAGACAGUUAAAAGAAUAUUUGGCCAAUCGUGAAAAACAACGUCGUGAUGAUCUUGAGUUCCCAGAUGAAGUAGAUACACCUUUAGGCAUCACAGCUCGUACUCGAUUUCAAAGAUACCGAGGCUUGCAAAGUUUUCGUACUUCACCGUGGGAUCCAAUGGAAAAUUUACCAAUUGAUUAUGCUCGUAUAUUCCAGUUUGAGAAUUAUCAAAGGACAAAACAUAGAGUUAUAAAUGAGGCUGCUGUAGGCGGAUGUGGAAUUAAGGGUGCGCGAAUAACGCUACAUUUAUCUAAUGUCCCAAAAGAAGUAGCAGAGUCAUACGACCCAUCUCGACCAUUCAAUGUAUUUGGAUUACUGGAAUAUGAGCACAAAACUUCUGUAAUGAAUUUUGUUGUCACCAGAAACAAUGACUACAAAGAACCAAUUAAAUCAAAAGACCCACUUAUUUUACAUUGUGGAUUUCGUAGAUAUUUAGUAAAUCCAAUUUAUUCACAAAACACACAAAGAGGAAAAGGAACGAAUAAUGUUCAUAAAUUUGAAAGAUUUCUUAACCCUGGAAGAACUUGUAUUGCUUCUAUUUAUGGACCGGUGCAAUUUGGUCAUUUACCUAUGAUGCUUUUUAAAGAUACCGAAGAUAUUAAUGCUCCAAUACUUGUGGCUACAGGAAGCUUUUUGAAUUCAGAUCCAAAGAGAAUAAAUGCUAAACGUAUUAUUCUUACAGGACAUCCGUACAAAAUUCAUAAAAAAUCUGCGGUCAUUCGAUACAUGUUUUUCAAUCCUGAGGAUGUAUUAUGGUUUAAGCCUGUACAAUUAACAACCAAAUAUGGACGUACCGGACAUAUUAAAGAAAGUUUGGGUACACAUGGAUAUAUGAAAUGUGUAUUUGAUUCACCUAUCACACAACAGGACACUGUGAUGAUGAAUUUAUACAAACGGGUAUUUCCCAAAUGGAACACAACUACGCUAUGGAAAGGAGGAUUAGAUGGAACGAUUGUGAAAUCAACGUCGAUCGUUAAUGAUAAGAAUGCGAAGAUUGACGAUUUUGAAAUGGAGAUGUGA